UGCACUUUAACUAAGAAUGGAUGAUAGAGAAUCCCAAUUCUUGUGCUCAGUUGUCUAAAUCCUUAUCGCAUAGUACUUAAAUGGUUUAAUGCUCUGCCAUCUUAGGCUGUCUUACACCCAGACAAGUACUGUCAUGUGUUUUAUUUUGGGUUUUUCUUGUCUGAGAGCUUAUGUUCUUUCAUGGCUAAUGUAAAAUAACAAUGAGAAUACUUUCUAAAAGUCAAUCGAGGCAAGGUUUGAGGAAAACCAGGCAUUUAAUAAGGUUAAAGAAAGGUAUCCCUGUCAUACUGAUUGGGGUGGAGGGGACAGUAAUGCAGUAUUUUACAGGGGACUUUCCAAUCCUCUUCCUCACCCUCCUAUGUAUGUAUGAUUUCACUCUUAAGAGGAUGAAGCUUUUGUUCUUGAAGGUUACUGAGAUGAAUAUUUCUAAUUCUCUGAGAAAUACAAAACUUUUGGGAUUUUCUGAGGUCAGCCUUGGAUGGGAUGAGCUGACCCAGUCUAAGCUCCACCCUUAGCUAAAAGGGGUGGUAGUGCUCAUUUUGACUAAACUGACAGAAGACUGCAAAACCAGCUAAUCUUCUGGUGAUGCAUAGUAACCUGAGUCAUCCUAGUUACGAAUGACAUGAGCAGGAGAGCUUACCUGGAGUACUGGAGGAUGGGAUCACACCCGUGGGGUGAAGGGAAGGGGAGAAGAGAACAGAACAGCCUCUUCCUAGGGCAGGGAGUUCUCUAGUUUGUGUCUUCUGUCUUGUAACUGUGCUACAGGCUGCAGUUAUGUUUGACAGCAGCACUGUCUAAGCUGGCUUAAAUAGUCCCCUCUGUGCUGGCACAGCUAUGUGUGGCAGCUUGGUGAAUUGGUUCCCUGAUCAGACCUGACUGGAAAACAAUCUAUUUAUUUAUUUAUUUAGUGACAACAUCUGCAGAGCAUGGAGAGGCAGAGAAUGAAGAGUUGAGGCUACUCAGCUGGUCUUGUUACACAUGCACAAAUCCAAGUUGUCUUUUGCUUGAGUAAGUGCUAAUUUCUGCAUGCAUCGUGUUCACUUAGAGUAGCAGGAAAAUUGCUUCAUUCUCCCUCUUCAAAGUGCCGUGGGUUAUACCAUGCUCUCUCCCUGAUAAUGAACUGUGGGCUUCGCUUUUGCAACCAUGUUGAAUGCUUUUAUCCAGUGCCUCCAUUAAUAACUCGCAGCUUUACACCACCUCUCCUCAGGAUCUCUGCAGGCCUCUGGUGUUCCUCGGUUCUCUCGGAUAAAUCCAUGUGGCCUCAGCUUCUUUGGAAAAGGAGAGCUUCAGCUUCUUUCUUUUUCUCUUGAAGAAUGCUGUACUGUUGUUUCUCUGGACAUCUUCAAGUCAUUUACCUUUUACCUCAGAUUUAGUUUGCUUGUGUAGUAUUGUGCAUUCUUUUAUGGUGGGUUGACAAAAAAACAUAAGCUCUCAAAGCUGAGUAGGAGAUGUAAGUUGCACGUCAACGCUGUUAGCACAUGAAAGAUGAUGUGGAGGUUAUGGUGUUUCAACAUUUCUGCAGGACAUCACUUCCUACUACGUAGUAAAAUGCAUUAGAUGAUGUCUCUCAUCUGGUUUUUUCCACUCCUCUUACGGAGAAGAGAAAAAGUGAAGGAAAAUAUCAUCUGCCAAAUGGAAAAGGACAAUCGGUGGGAAAAGAAAUGUUCUUUUCAAGCUUCUAAGAGCAGUGACAAUGGAGAGAAAAAAUACUAUAAAAAGGUUUGAAAGUAUUCUAGAAGGCCUGUUUGGACCUGGAUUAUUAAAAGAUCUCAGUUUGUUUAAAGACUGUGAGCCUGAAGGUGUUUCUGAUUGGUCUUUUGAUGAAAAUUGUCUUUUCUGCUGCCUGAGAAGAGAAAAAGUGAAGGAACACUUAGUCAGUCUGGAUGAGCCAGCCUCGGAAGCUGGACAAGAAGCUCUGCUUAGACAAGAGCAAGCAAAAAUCAUUCGUUUUGAAAGGCAAGCGGAAGAGUUCCUCAAUGCAGUCUUUUACAGAAAAGACAGUCCUAGGGUCUCUGACCCCAAUAUUCCCCUAGUGGCCCGUGAGAUCAUGCAGCGAAUGAUCCGACAGUUUGCUGCUGAAUAUACCUCAAAAACUAGCUCUACUCAGGACUCCAGCCAGCCCAAUAGCACAAAGAACCAAAGCCUGCUGAAAGCAUCUCUGGUCGCCUCCUCUCCCACGGCUGCAACUGCUCAGAACCCUGUGCUCAGCAAACUUCUCAUGGCUGACCAAGACUCACCUCUGGACCUUACUGUCAGAAAGUCUCAGUCAGAACCUAGUGAACAAGACGGUGUGCUUGAUUUAUCCACUAAGAAGAGUCCUUGUGCCGGCAGCACCUCUCUGAGUCAUUCUCCAGGGUGCUCCAGUACUCCGGGAAAUGGUGAGGAUGCAGCAGAGACAAUAGCAAUAGACUCUAACAAUCAGCCGAAGUCUCCACUGGAAAAGUUUAUGGUCAGACUGUGUACACAUCACCAGAAGCAAUUCAUCCGUGUGCUAAACGACAUAUACACUGAAGUACAACCAGACUCUGAAGGCCAGCAGUUUCCUGAAUCCGAGAGCAUGGAGGCCUCUACUUGUGGCUCUGGUUGUAGCCAGCGAAGCACUGAAAAUCAGGACAAGGGUGCUACUUGUACUGAAUCAAAGGCCCCUUCUUCCUCAGAGCCAGGACAGUCAGGGUCUGAUGGCCCCCUGCAUAUUAUGGGACAAGCCCCGAAGCAGCUGGCAGAGCUGAAAUCUCUGGACAGAGCAGAGAGCUCCAGUCCUGCUUUGAGAAGGGACUUCUCUGAGCUCCCCGUCGCCAGGCUUCGUUCUGCUAGUCCAAAGGAUAGCUCCACCCAAGGAUACCUCAGCACAUUGAACUCUUCCUCUUUGCAUUUCCAUCAUGCCGUAAAGAGUCUGGACGGGCAGCAAGCUGCUGGACACGAGCAAGAAGUCAGGAAGUGUGAGGACAGUAAAGAGCAGCUAGCAGGUAAGACUCUGAUGGAAGGUUAUAUCUCGGUCAAAGUGGCGAAUGUGAAUGGCAAUGAGGACAGCUUAGACAGCUGUCUGGGGUCCCAGAAGAGCUCCUUCAGAGCUCUGCCAGAAGAGUCCUGGGAUCCCAGCUUUGCGGUGACCCCCCCUCGCAGAGCUGACAAAGAGAACACUUUGCAAUGCAGCUCAAACGCAUCUUUGCACCAGGACUUAGACGCAAAAGAACAAGAUGCAAGACCAAAGCAAGAAAACCACCUGCACGCUGUGCCCAAGGGCAAGGCAGGCUGCCAGCUGCACCCGGCCGACAAGGGCCCGCUCGACAAGUCCAAAGAGGGCUGGCUGCCCACUGGUGCCGCGCCAGCCACCCACCGGACCCCCGGCGGGCACCCCCGUGCCAAGGCAGCCUCCCUCAGAUCCACUCGGAAGAGCAAGAAGGCGUCGGGGCUGAGGAUCAACGACUACGACAACCAGUGUGACGUGGUGUACAUCAGCCAGCCCAUCACUGAGUGCCAUUUCGAGAGCCAGCGGUCGGUGUCGUCCCGCAGGACAGCGAGGAAGAGCACGCGGGGGUAUUACUUCAACGGGGAAUGCUGUGAGCUCCCGACCGUCCGCACGCUGAUGAAGAGCUCCCAGGUGGAGGAAAGGGGGAGCGGCCCAGCACUGCGAACAGAGACCCUUGUAAGCACUAAGCCAUCCCUGGUGCUCUCGGUGGGGGGGUCUGCGGGGACAGGACGGGAAGGUGAGAAGAGGGUUUCCCUGAGGCUCCUGGCUAAAGGGGCACCAGCCAGCCGCGAGGUGAAAGAGAGAGCUGAGCUGGGCUCUGUACAGCCCCGGGAUACCCGGGCGCUGCGGUCCAGGGAAGCCACCAUGGCCAUGCCCUUCUUCUCCCUCUCUGCUCCACCUAGCCCCCAGAAAGAGGACAGCUCGGCUGGCUCACCGCCCCCCGGCUCCCCUCCUGCUGAAGGAAGGGAGACAGGAGUUGGAGGUACCAUGCCCCAGGAGGCUGGCAGCAGCCUGGGCUCCUCUGGGGACAGUAGUGGUGGCGGGCAGCCAGCCGAUUUUGCUGCCCUCCCCAUCUCAGAAGCACCCACUGAGGAGGAAGGAUGUCCAAGCUCCAACUUACAAACUGAUCCAGACCCCUCCGCCACCCCAGAGCCAAAGUCCCCCUUGCAGCCCACUGCCACUGCAGACACAGCACCCCUGGCCUGUGAUGGUGCCAGGGAUCCUGCCCAGCUUCCAGGCGUAGGGGAUGUGGAGCCCAGCGGGCUGGGGCUGGCAGAGCCCUGCCCGUGCUCUCCAGGCUGUCAGGCUCUUGAUGAGCCCCUUGCCACCACGGACAGGGAGAGCCCUCCAGAGCCCCCUGCCACUUUGCAGUGUGCGGAUAUGAAUAAAAGCAUCGAUGCUGAACCAGAAGCCGAAUUAUCAGGCACGGUGGGUGACAGCCCCCUUGAGCAAGAGGAGACUGUGCUGAGCAGCCGAGCCCUCCUCAAAAUACCAGAAGGGGAGGCAGUGCAGAAUAACAGCCCAGCAGGUGAAAAAGAACCUGUUGAAGGGGAAACACUGCCUGAAUCUGACAUCUCCGACGCUGCAGGGAAAGACUCUGUCUCUUCCAAAGACAGUCUAGACAAGAAACGAAAGAAAAGCAGGAGAGUGCUUGUGGCAUCGGACAGGCGUCUCCGUAGCCAGCAAUCCCAGUCACCCUCCGAGGGCAGUGGUGAGGAUGCUGGUUCUUCCAGCUCUGUGCAGCUUCCUUGCCUUCAGAUCAAACUCUCCCAGAGCCCUGGCACUAAGCGGUUCAAGAGAGAAAUGCACAUGGAUGGGGCAGCAUCCACGCACUUCCCAAACGACUGCUUCCCCAAUGUGCUGCUCAAAACCAGCGAGGGGCUCGGCACUGGCCAGGCUCCAGAGAGUAUCGCUGAGCAGCAGCCAGGUGAGGAGAAUGGUGUCACUACCAGACAAACCUAUAAAAGCAUCUUGGCAAAAGAGACUGUAGCAGAGGGAGAAAGUUCCUCUACAGGUGAUCCACCUGCUAACAGCAGCCAAAGUCAACCGGGUGAGAUGCUGGAAAUCAGCAUCCAGGCUGAUUCUGAGAAGAGAAGCAUUCUCCUCCCUCUGGAGAGCACUGUGCCUGCAAAUGAUGCCGAGCAAGUGGAUGUGAAAGCCGGCAAUGCCAGCGCAAAGGAUAAAGAGAGCUCCAAUAGCACCAGGGACAUGGGCAAGCUGGAGAACUACGAGCAAGUGGCCAACUCGCCUCCGUGUCCCAGCAGCAGAGGUGGAAGCAAGCAUGUUCCAGCAAAGUCUGCAAAGCAUAAAAAGGUCGCCCUGCAGUUUUAUAACUUAAGACACACCCCCACACCCUUAGACACUGCAAAAAAGAGCACACCAGGGAAGGAGUCUAUGCAAGCGAUCCCCAAACCGAGGGACGAAUGCAGUUCAGGGAAUGAUGACUCCCCGGUGUUGGAGGACAUAGACACGGCUGACAGCAAACCAAAGUUCAUGGAGUGGUGUGCUGAAGAGGAGAACCAGGAGCUCAUUGCCGAGUUCAACGCCCAGUACAUGAAAGUUCAGAAAGGAUGGAUUCAGCUGGAGAAGGAGGUGCAGCCGACCCCCAAGGUAAAGAACAAAGCCGACAAACUGAAAGAGAUUUGGAAAAGCAAGAAAAGGACACGGAAAAGUAGAGGCUCGCUGGAAGUGCAGAAGCUUUCUCCUGUCCAGAUGCUGUUUAUGAAAGCCUUUAAGCUGUCUGACAUCUGCCAGUGGUUUCUGGAGACAACUGAAACCAGAUCUCUAGUGAUCGUGAAGAAACUCAACACCCGUCUCCCAGGGGAGAUCCCCCCCAUCAAAGUCCCCAUGCAGAAAUAUUCCUCCUCCAGUCUCUACCCCAGCUCACUGCAAGCCGAACGCUUGAAGAAACACCUCAAGAAGUUCGCCGCCACUACCCCAGCUCGGAAUAACCUGAAGAACCAAAAGCUUUGGGCCAAAAUUAGGGAGAACGCUGAUAAAGCAGAGGCUGAGGAAGCCACCGCUCCCAGCCAGACGUCUCCCACCAAUGCUGGCACCGAGGACCUGAGCGAAGACAAAACCAUACAGCCUGCACCCAGCUUGCCCACGCAGGCCAGCACCAGGAUCCUGCGCAAGUACUCCAACCUACGGGGCAAGCUGCGAGCCCAGCACCGCAUGGUGAAGGCAGAGAAGAAGAGCGAUGGCCCAGGGGACCACCCAUCCCUGGAGAGCAAGCAGAGCCGGAAGAGCGUGUGCAUCAACCCGCUGAUGUCUCCAAAGUUGGCUUUGCAGAUCAAAGCAGACGCCUUUCCUGCUAAAUCUCCGUCAGUGGAUGGGAUGGGGAAGGGGCGGAAGGGGAAGAGCAGGUCCCAGGAGGACCCCUCGCCCAAAGCUGACCUCCAGCUCAACAGGAAGAAGAGGACGCUGAAGGAGAGCGGGAGCACGCAGGAGCGGUCCGGCUCCUCCACCAAGGACAAGUUGCCUGCCAAGAAGGCCAGUAAAAUAAAGCAUUCGGAGGUGAGCACGAAAGCUCCUGCCACCCGAAAGCAGGCUGCCAUGGAGAGGAGCAAUAAGCUGGCUAGAAAAAUGUCUUUGAAAGAGAAGAGAGCCCCAAAAAGGCAGCUGGAGAAGAUGCGGCUCCCCAUGCGGAAGGGCAAGGAGAACACGAGCAGACGGGCCGUGCUGCUCCCUGGCCACGAGGAGAUGGCCAAGUCCCCAAAGCAGAAGCCCCUGGGGGAGUCCUCCACACGGUCACAGAAGAUGGCCAACAAGAAGCCCAGCGGUGGGAAAACCCUGACAAGGUCCAUGAAGAAGAUGCAGGAGAGCAGCGGGUCGCAGGGCAAGAGGAAGCUGAGGGCAAAAGUGGACUGUUCGCACAGCAAACGCUCGCGACUGGACCCGAAAUAGCAAAGAACCGGUAGCCAUGUACAAACCCAAUGUACAGUAGUAACCCUUUACCAUGCAUUAACUAAAGCUGCUUUUAUAAGCUGUAGCAAGCCUUUAAAAAUCCGCAGCUAAAGGAUAACGCCCGUGAUUUUAGGCAUCGGCAGAUGUGUCUUGGACAGAGAAGAGGUCAGCCUGUCUGGCUCUGCUGUUCAGAAGGAAGUUUCUACAGUUUGAACGUUCCUUGGGUUUUUUUAAACUCGGAACCAGGCAGUUUUAGUUAAAAGUACAGUGCCUUAUUUAUCACUUUAAAAAUAAAAAUAAGAAGCUCGUCUGUGUGAUUUGGAGGCUUGCGUUUUAUACUUGAGGCACAAGCACUUGUACUGUAGCAGAAAGAAAACCACCACCGUGCACAUGAAGUAGCUUUUGCAGUCUUUGGGUGCACGCAAACAUUUCCCUUUCCUUCAAAGUCCUCCUUCUGUCUGUCUUCUUAGUGGCAUUUAAAGCAAAACCAAAACCAUUUCCCAUCACUGAGGGAGAGAAAGGCAAAUCUGUCCUUUGUCGGUUCGUUAGUAGCAGCUGGUGGUAUCCCAUACUGAUACCUGCUACUGGUGUGUGUACUGCUGAUGGCGGCCUCACCCCCCAUGGCACAGUCCAUGGGGUGGGUGUCCUGCUCAGGCAGGAGGGGAGAUGCUGCAGGGGCUCUGGGUACCAGGUUGCUGCAUCCACUGCUGCCAGGUGGGCACGCUGGGCUAUAUCUGUCUGUAUUUCUUGCUGGCUUCAGGGAUGAAUCGGUCAUGCCGUGCCCUGCAUUUGGACAGACCUGUUUUGCUGCCCUUGUAGUGAUUUCUGUGGUCUCUGAUGGCAAAGCAGUUUCCACGGUGCUUCACUAAAGGUUGAAUCUCUCCCUUUUGAUGUGCUCAAGCUCCUUCUGAUGUUGUUGCUCUGCAGAAGAGGAGCCCUGACCCUCAUCCCGUGCUUUUGUGCACGUCUUACCUAGUGUCCUCCUAAGCCUGAAUUUGCAGUUGGAAUAGGGCUGGGAUAAGGGACUGACUUAAAUCUAUUUUUUACUGUGAUUUGCAUUUCAUCCCUUUACUAGUAAGGUGCAGUUGGCUUUGUCCUUGCUUGUGUCUGGUGCUGUGGAGUCUGAAAGUGGCCAAGCUUCUGCUCUGCACGACACUUUUGCAGGGCUCCUCUGCAAGCCACUGCAUAACAUUUCAAAGCCAGUGGGGGGUCAGCAGUGGCAGAACAGGGUCACAGUGCCUAGCACCUCUGAGAAAGACCUGUUACAAGUACACACAGCAUGUGGCUGUGCUGGCUCUGCUGAGCAAAGACUGUCCGUGGCUAAGUGACUGCUGGGGUCUGUGCUCAGGGCAAGGACCCUGCUCAGCCAUUGCAUCUCCGUGGCUUCACAAAGCCAUGGAUCCUGAUGCAAGCCUACUCCCGUGCAGGGAGCAGCAGUGCUGGAGGGGGCACCCCAGGCUCUGGAAUGGCCUGACCUUUAACAGCCACUUGCUGGUCCUUGCUCUGCAAGGCUUUGGUGCAGGCCACGCAUUCAGGAGACUCCUGCCCUGGGGGCAGAGGCUAGAGAGGGCUCGCCUGCAACAGGAAUUGCUUUUCACAGUUGGCAUUGAACUGCAGAUCCUAAAGCCCAUAAUUGGAGGUGGAGAGCAGAUAAUAAUCUUUUAAAUCUUUCAUUGUACCCAUUCAGUAUAGAGGAUGAAACCAGGCGUUUGAGAUUCGCACGUCCUUCGCAGAGCACCUCUUGCUGUCUUGCAGGUAUUCCCUUCCCCCAGUGCUGACGCAAACAAGGCUGCAGCACAUUUUCCUCUUACUAUGAAAUGGCUGAUGUAAAAGAAAAACCCAUAAAGUUGUUUACUUUUCCUUUGAAUCAUGCUAGAAUAAGUUAACUCUCUGAGCAGCUAGGCAGUGAUUAAAUCUACCCUGUCAGUCCCUGUACAGAUUACUAUGAAGUUAUCUAUGACUUUAAUUUUUACUGCAUGCAUUAAAUAUAUCAAACAUUCCAUCAGAAAAGAUUUAAAAGCAUUUUAGGAGUGGCGCGAGGCAGGAGGGCACUGAUGGCAGUUAAAUGACUGAUCUGUACCUUUCUUAUGGGUUGUCUUUCCCUCUUGCUUCUCCAUCCAUUCUUGUGGUCCUCCUCUAACCUUUGGCUGGGGCAGCCUCUGCAGGCACAUGGGCCUGGAAUUUCCCCUCCUUACCUUGGGCUAGUCAUGUGUGCAAGCAGCCCUCUUACCUCUGCUCCUCGUGCCAUUCCCCUGCAGCAAAACCCCUUUUCCCCGCCUUUUGCCAUCACUCCUGAAGCACCUAUGCUGGCCUGUGUGUGCAGAGCCGUGCUGGGCACCAUGCACAAAGUGCUGCUCAGGGCUUUCCUUCUCUCUUGCUCUUUCAUCUUUUAGCUGCUGGUAAAUGCAGGCUGUCCUGCUCUCUGUCUAGUGUGCUUCUGGGAGUGGGAACCUCAUUAGGAUAAAAUCCUUGAGAAAGCAAGUGGAGAGAAGUUUUUCAGAUGGGAUGCUGCUGCUCCAGCCUCCUGGCUGCCUUCCUGUGUGCCGGGGCUUCCCCUGCACUCCUUGGCUUGAGCGUGUCAAGGCUGGGUGUUGGCAGGCAUCACACCAGUGCUGGGAGCACAGCAGUAUCUGUGUGUCUGUCCCACUUCAGUGUGUGCUGCUUGGCUUAGGUGGUGGCAGGAGCAGCACGCCAAGCUUCCCGGCAGUGUCCUGGCUAGGCGUCUGCUCCGGAGAGGAGUGGCUAGAAUCUGGUGCAUGGAGGAAACAGAGAUGCUAAAAGGAAAACCAUAUUCCUUCCACCCCUUUGAACUUCCAGUCUCGGUCUAUAGUUUUCUCUUGUAUUGCUGUGUUUUGGCUUGAUUGAAUGGAGAUUUCCCAUGCUGAAGGCAGGGAGUCGCAGGGCUCGAGGAGGGAGUGACAUUGGUGUGGCCAUGUUGGGCAGUGUGCAGGCAACAUGGCCUGAGACUCAAAGUGCCUGCGGCUUUAACUCAUGCAGGUAGCUUUUAUGGAGAGCAGGCUUGUUUGCCAAGGAUGGGUAGGGUGAAGACAUCAGCUAGGGCUGAAUUGCUGCAGCAAGCACUCAGGCAUGGCCUCUCCAAGUGGGAAUAUUGGUGCAUUUGGACAAGUUUUCUGAAUUAGAGGUCUGUGCAAUCCUUUGGGUUGCCCCAGAGGUGAUUGUCAUCUCUAGAAAAGCCUUGAGGCUUUCUGCUAUGAGGAAACCUUGCCAGGCUCCUUUCCUUGCUGUCACUGCUCCUGGAGAUGCCAUCCUGGCCCUUCUGCCUCUCCUGUGUGCGUUUUCCACUUGACACCAAUAGCAGCUGCCAGAUCUUGCAGACUGUAAGACCUGCUUUUAAUGUGCUUUGCACUUGCUUUUGUGAGUGCUUUAUUUUGGGGCAGGAAGGAGCAAUGCUGCAAUUUGCUAGCAAAUGAAAGGGUCUGCAUGUGAGGUGACUGCCUGGCAGGACACUAUUGCCUGGGUAGCUCCAGUUUCUUUAUCAGUGCUCAGAUGUUUGAAUUUUUUCUUCUUUUUUUCCCAAUCAGUCUUAAUGUUGCAUUACUCUUUUCUCGAUCUACUUCCCAGUUUUCUCUCUCCAUGCAGCCAUGUUUCAGCUAGAACAGUACACAAAAGACAUAAAAAUUAGUAGAGAUACUACCAUAUAUAUAACCUGUUGCUCUUUGUUAAUGCCUUGGGACAUGCACUGCUUGUUUCUGUUUGCUCUGUUUGCAAGGCAGUGGUGAGGUGUUGAGGCUGAGGCACAGCCCCUGCUUUAGAGCAGCCUGUUUCCAAUAAAUGCAGCUUCUACGCAAUGCAAGGGAUGCACAGGGACCUGCAGAUGAUCUCAAUGAAUGGAAGAAAAUAAGCAACACAAUUUAUCACCUUAUUCCACACAGGCAUCGAGUGCGUUUCUGUUUGCUAUGGUGCGGGGCUGCCCACUGGCACUACCACAGUGCCAUCCUCAGCUCCGCAGCCUCAUUGCGCUCCUCUCCUCUGGGCCACCGUGCAGCUUCCUGCUCUGCUUAUUCAGCUCCGGAUUUCAGCACAAGGGCUGUGUCCCACAAACCAGAUCUCUACUCUUUCUAUUACUUUGGCUUUCCUUGGUGGCCACUUUCUCAUCCUGUUCUGGAAACUAGUCUUUAUCCCAGCUCUCUGGUGCAUGUACCAGGAACAGCAUCUCCUUAGCUCUGCACCUCCACUAGUGCCCUUACUAUGCCUUUGCUGCCAGUCCCCCUCUCUCAUUUGCAUGGUUACCCUUUCCUCUCUCACCUUCUCAUGGGUAGCUCUGCAUCUUCACGCUUCACGUGAUCAGGAGCCACCCAUCUUACCUAACCUCUGUGAGGGGCUGGUUUUGUGAGCUCAGAGUCAAGGUUUGUCUGUUGGGCUUGAGGGCUGCAGCAAGAGCAGUUUGUGCCCAGGAUGGUUCCUUCUGCCUUUCACUGUUAGGUUCUUGUCUAGCAGUGCUAGCCCUGGAAUGGGUUUCUCUGCUGAUGAGGUACGUGCAGUAUAUCCAAGGUGCACGCAUGUUUAUAUUCAUCACUCAUGAGGCCGGCUUUGCUCAUGUUUGCUGUGUGCAGUGGUGUUUCUGUGUUCAGCUGCCAACGCAUCAGUGAAAUGCAUUUGCAGCAAACCUUCUCCAAAGAGCUGGCUAGCUGGUGCUGAUGCUUGCAGCAAACUUUCUGCCACAUUGCUCAUCAUUCUCCGUGCUAUGGGAGAGUGGGAUGAACUUCCCCCCACUGCUCUCUGCAUCCCUGCCCCUGACAUGCUUGGGGAAGCUGUGGCACUGAACUGAGCAGGCUGGUGAGCUGGCCAAGCCUCUUUUUGCUGGUGUGCAGAUGAGCAAAGUUCCAGGCAGGCCCAUGUCCCAGCUGCUCACUUGGCACCUCUGGAAAUGCCGAUGUUCCCAGAAGCUCUUCCAGCCCCUAGUAACAUCCUAGGAAAUAGAGAUGUAAUCUCAGAAGGACACAGAUGUACUGCUGUCCUGUUUUUAAGUCUUGCUAAUGGACAGUUUCUCUCUCCAGCUCAUAUUCUUUCAGCCUAACUGCAUUCCCAGUUGAAGGCCACUGGGAAAGCCAUGUUUCCCAGCCUCCUGUAGGCAUGGCAGUGCCUUGGGGCAGCAGGGAGGUGCUCCCACCUUUCCACUGCCAGCAGUUGUGCUGGGGGAAAAGGGCUGAGCCCCAGCCAAGGCAUCCUCGGGUCCACAUUCCCAGGCUGUAUGCCCGGAUGACCCGGGAGCAAGGCAGAGGCAGGCUUCCUCUGGCCAGGGAAGGCCACUGCAGCUUUCCUUGUAAUGAUAGGUAUUGUGAGCAAACCACGAGGCUACGAUGUCCCCACAUCGCGCACGUCCCCACCUCUUUCCCUGUGUGUCGUAGCGUCCAUUUGGCCCAUCCUUUAGCUUGGUGGUUGUGAAAUGAAUCCAUCUGUUCUAAGAUGUUCUCAGGAGUUCUUGUUUGUAUUAAGCUCACCCCUAGGCUUAGCAGAGAUCACAGUCCCCGUCCUUCUUCCUCCCCUUCCCGCGGACAAGCCCUCUCCUUCACGAGCACUUCCACCCUCUCCCUGAAGGGCAGUGGCGGGGCAGCUGGUGGUUUCGAUUCAGGGCACGUUGGCAGCUUGGGGGCAGCCGGAGGAGCUGGGAUGCAGCUGGCCGGCGUUCGUGGUGUGGGUCCCUCGGGCUGCGUUGCUAGCCAAUGUUUUCUAAGUCUGUUUGUAAGAGUACCUAAUUUUAAAAUGAAAUGUGAAUAUAUAUUAUGUGUAGGUGCCAUGUAAGAUAGUGUUGUGCUAGGCAGCAGGAUGCUAACCUACUUUUUAAGCUUUUUUGGGGGGCAGGUAAAAAGCAUUUUUCUCUCACUUCAUUGCUCACAGAUCUAAUAUUGUAAAUAGUUUUUUAAAGAUAUUUAUUUCAUGGGCUUUCCACAGGUUCUUGUUCUGACUGGUGUGUUGGUUGGUGGGGCUGUAAUUGCCCAGCGUGCCGCAACCAAAGGGCUGGCUAUUGCGUGGGGGGGACGGGAUGGGAUGGGACGGGUUGGGGUGGGUGGUGGUGGUGGUGGUCGGUUUGGAUUUUUAACGUCACAUCAAAGUUGAAGCAUUAACUCUUUCUCUUCAUCUCAUUUUGAUGAUGUCAGGCCUGGUUGAUGGCCACGGUCCCUGGGGAAGCAGUUUGCUCCUGUGGCCAUUCCCCGGGGCGGGGGGCACUGCAAGCAAUAAGAUUUGUAGUAAUAAUGUCUGUUUCAAUGGCAGGGGCUCAUGGCCGGGUGGAAAUAACCCCGCUCCUGGCGGGGGCUCGGUUCAAGACGGCAUGUGUGGGGAUUCUUGGCUUAGGGAACUCCAGCGAUGCAGGAGGUGGGGGCUGCCUCACCCCCAAGGAAUCCCCCCAAAAUGGCCAGGAUAGGGUAGGUAGGUCCCGAUAGCAAACUCCUGCUAGUGAAUUCCUGCAGGGAGCAGCUGCCUUUGGGGCUCCUGUGGCACCUGAGGGUACGGGUGACCCAAGGGAGCGCACCGCUGCCACCGUUACAGUCCCAGUGCCGGCUCCAGAAGGUCGCGUGCUUGCCAUGCUGCAAUUUGAAUUUUCCUUCUAGGCGGUUCGAGGUCAUUUGGCUGGUUUUUACUAAGUGGGUUUGGAAUUUUCUUCUUGGUUUUUUUUAACCCCUUUUUUGCCUGGAGCUGUUUGCUGUGUGGGGAAGCAUCAGCGGCGUCGUUGCUGCUUUUAUGAUGAUGGGUCUCUGACUUCGGAGGGUGGCGCGGGGAGUGCUGCCGGGUGCCGGCCCUGCGGGACCCCUCACCAGCCCCACGGUUCCUUUGACCUUGGAGCAGGUGUGUAAAAAAAGAAAAAAAAGGAAAAAAGGCAACAACAACCUAAUAAUUCUUUUACUGAAGACACUCACUGUUUAAAUAUUAUCUCCACCCUGAUGGCAAAUGUUUUUCCUUCAUCUGUAUCUGCUUCCCUGGGAGAGUUUUGUUUCUCUGUUUGUUUCUAUAUGAAUUUUAGACACUGAGCUGAAAAGUCCUCCUGUCCGGUACUGUAUGUUUGAGCCUAAGCAAUGUGAACUGUACCGACCAGCAGUGGGAAAUGGGAGCCGAUGGCUGUGCCUUGGGAGAGCCGUGGCUUGGGACGGCAUUCCUGGGUGCUCUGGGGAGCAGGAAGUACUGCGUGGCGAGUUGGGAAAAUGAACUGUCUGCUGUGAAUUCUCGGUUGGAAAUGUGGAGAGGGGUUUCCAUUAGAUAAUGUUUACAUACCUCACCUGACGAACCUUUGAAAGUGUAUAUAUAAAAAGAAAAUAAAGUUAUAUUAAGUUGCUUUAAAUCAAUAUGUAUAGCUAUAAGAGCUGGGUCAUUUGAACUUUGAAUAUGUAUCAACUCUCUAAAUGUUGACAUUUUGUGAACUCUGUGCUCCUGUCUUUUAUUUCAUCCUAGCCUAUGGAAGAAGUUGUGUUCUUGUUCCAGGUAAAAUGUCCCUGACUCAGAUCUGAACUCCUCAAGGAUUCCCACCACCUUGUUUUCUUUUCUUCCUCCACUGUCGAUAUUCACCCUAUGAGCUUUCUAAAGGUCCGUAUUUUAUUGCAGCUUAUUAAACGUUUCUUUGAUAUCAA